UACGCGGCUAUUUUUGCCUUUUGUCUGCCAAUGAAGAUUGCAGCGAAUCUUCCCCCUAUAAUUAUUAACUGGGUCAGAACUGUUAUUUACUUUGCUAAUUAUAAAAGGCAUCAUUUCUCGGUUGUUUUGUGGAGCAUCACUAUGGCUGCAUCUUCUUCUUCUUCUUCUUCAGUCGAUUCAGGAAAAUAUGACGUAUUCCUAAGUUUCAGGGGAGACACCCGUGACAACUUCACCAGCCAUCUCCACACAGCUUUGGUUCGUCGAGGAAUUCGGACUUUCAUAGACUAUAGAAUCGAUAGAGGAGAAGAGCUGGAGCAAUCACUUGUUGAAGCAAUUAGGGAAUCAAGCAUCUCUGUGAUCAUAUUCUCUGAAAAGUAUGCAGAUUCGCGAUGGUGCUUAAAUGAGCUGGUAGAAUGUAUGAAACGCAAGAAACAAGGCAAGCAAAAGGUUUUGCCUAUUUUCUACAAAGUUGAUCCAGCUGACGUAAAACAUCAAACCAGAAGUUUUGGAGAAGCUUUUAAAAAAUAUGAAGAAGAUGUGAAGGUGGAUAAGAACAAGAUCCAAGAGUGGAGGACCUCUUUGAAUGAAGCUGCCUAUUUAUGUGGAUGGGAUUCAAAAAACACUGGGCCAGAGUCCAUACUCGUUGAAGAAAUUGUAAAGGAUAUUUUGAAAAAAUUGGGACAUCCAUGCUUAGAUUAUGUAGAGGACCUGGUUGGAAUACAAUCACAAAUUGAAAAUGUGGAAUCAUUAUUGCAAAUUGGGACACCAGACAUUAGAAUUGUCGGCCUUUGGGGAAUGGGUGGUAUCGGAAAGACAACUAUUGCUAGAGUUAUAUUUGACAAAAGCUAUUCUCAUUUUGAAGGAUGUUGCUUUGUUGAAAAUGUUAGAGAAGAAUCAACAAAACAUGGUUUAACAAAAUUACGAGAUGAAAUUCUUGUUAAUGUAUUGAAUGAAGGAAAUACAAGCAUGAGCACGUCAAACUCGAGACCAACUUUUGUGAGGAAGCAGCUUCGCCAUGUAAGGGCUCUUAUUGUUCUUGAUGACGUAGACACAUUUGAACAAGUAGAAGCUUUAGCUGGAAAGCAUACUUGGUUUGGUGCUGGAAGUAGAAUCAUCAUAACAAGCAGAGAUAAACAAGUGUUUCAAGAUGGAGUUGAUGAAACAUAUAAGGUUCAAGCACUAACUCACCAGGAAAGUCUUGAGCUUUUCAGUUUGUGUGCCUUUAAAGAAAGACAGCCUGAGGGAGAUAUGAUGGGACUAUCAAAGAAAGUAAUAAGUUACGUUGAAGGCGUCCCUUUAGGUCUGAAAGUUCUUGGUGUAUUUUUGUAUAGAAAGAGCAAGAUAGAAUGGGAAAGUGCAUUGAGUAAACUUGAGAAAACUCCUCACGUGAAGAUACAAGAUGUGCUAAAAACAAGUUACCAAGGGCUUGACUUUGAUGAGCAACAAACAUUUCUUCAUAUGGCAUGUUUCCUUAAAGGGGUGUCCAUAUUUGAUGCAGAAAAACUACUGGACGCUUGUGGUUUUCAUACUUCAAUUAACUUAAGAGUCCUUGCUGAUAAGUGUCUUGUUGACAUUUCGAACAACAUGGUAGAGAUGCAUGAUUUGGUACAAGAAAUGGGUAGACAAAUUGUUCGUGAAGAAUCCUUGAAAGAACCAGGCAAACGAAGUAGAUUAUGGGAUUACGAGGAUAUUUGUCAUGUGUUGACCAAAAAUACUGCAAGUGAAGCAAUUGAAGCCAUGCUCUUAGACAAGUCAAAACUAAGUGGAUUAUGCUUAUCUCCUACAGCUUUUGCCAAGAUGAAGCAAAUCAAACUGCUCAUCUUGUGUGGUUAUGGCUGCGAACAUGAUAUACAUUUGCCUCAAGGCUUGGAAUCCCUCCCUGAUGAGCUAAGACAUUUCCAAUGGAAUUUCUAUCCUUUGAAAUCUUUGCCAUCAAAUUUUCAUCCUGACAACCCUGAUGUAUUAGACAUGUCUGAAAGCCAAAUUGAACGACUUUGGACUGGAAUACAGGAUCUUUCAAAUUUGAAAGCCAUCAUUCUGGAUGGUUGUAAAAAUUUGAUUGAAUUGCCAGACUUAUCAGGGCUCUCAAAUCUUGAGAAGAUUAAUUGCCAAGACAGUGUAUGUUUGACGGAGGUGCCUGCAUCUAUUGCAAAUCUUGACAAGCUUGUUGACAUGAAUUUCCGGCACUGUAGAAAGAUUACAAGUGUUCCAUGUCGAAGAUCUAUCAAGUGUAUUGACCUUCUUGGCUGCUCGAAUCAUGAGAAGUUUCCAGAAGUUGGCGAUAUAGAAUAUUUAGAAUUCACUGGAACUAUCUUCGAAGGAGAAUCUUCAGCAACUGCAUUGCACCAUGGAAAUAUCCCAAGUGACAUUUCUCAAGUAAACUUCGCUUAUAAAUGGAAAAUAACUGAAACAUGCAUUUAUAUUAUAGAAAUUACGUGCACUUGGGAUGAAAACAAUUUCCAGAGGGCAUCUAUAUGGCCUGAAGAACUUGAUUUAAUCAAACGGACGAGACUUCCACAAUUGCAAGGAUAUGCAAAAGUAGAUAACCAAGGGGAAUUGGAAAGACAUAGUAUAGGUAUCUGUCAUCAUGAUAGCUUUCCAUUCUUUAAUCACUCAAGAUUGGAACAGGAGAAGAUUGCAGAUUUUUGGCAUGUAAUAUAUCAGAGAAUACAAUUUGUGGGAGCUGCUUUACUCUUUCCCAAGGAGAUAAGUACCUUUCCAUUAGGAAGUUUUGGUUGCUACCAUCAAAGUGAAGGAUCUUCAAUUACUAUUCAGCUGCCUCAAAAUUGGCUUAGAGAUGAGUUCGUGGGUUUCACUGUACUUGCUAUCCUUUCGCUUGAGGACAGCAAUGGGAGUGAUGAUUAUUUUUACAGUAGGUGGGAAUGCCAAUUCAAUAGUGCUUGUGGUGAAAGCAAACGAGUAUCAAUACAGCUUAGACAUUUGCCGUUUGAGUAUGGAUCUUCCUACUUCACAUCUGAAACUCAACUGGUAAGUGAUGAUUGGUUGUAUGAAUCUGAAUGGAAUAAGGCCACAUUUGAUGCAUAUCUUGAAACUUCAUGUGCCAAGCCUUGCUACAAGCUAAAAUAUAUAUUGAUCCGAUUAAUGUACAUUGGUGAUGUGGUAGAAAAUCCCCCAGUGACGCAACCUAGCUAUUCUUAUGACCCUAGCAAGAUGUCCUUAACGUUUUCUUUCAACAAAGCAGAAGGCACUAGUAUUGGAAGAGAUCUUGAUGACUAUCACAAUGAUGAGAAAGACAAUGGAAAGCGCAGAUUUGAUGCGGAAGGAACAGAACGACAGGUUAUCGUCUCUUCUCCACAUUCCAAUGAGCAAAACAAAGGGAAAGAUAAGAUCCUUACCACUCAAGGAACUCAACAAUCCUCUAGUAACCAAAUGUGUAUAUCCAACAAGUUGAGAAAGGACGAGAGCAUAGAAGAAGAGGAUGAGGUUGAGAGUGGAUAUAGUGAAGAUCAUGAGGCCCAAGAGGAGACCCUUUUCAUGGAUACUAUUGUGGAUCAUCAUUUCCUUAACUCAACCUCUUACAAUCACUCAUUCAAUACAGUUGAUGCUCAAAGCUGUGUCUUCAAAAGCCUUGCUCCAUCCCUUGAAUGUGAGGCUUCUUCUUCAAGUGGUCAGGCCCCUUUCUGCAUUCUAGAGGAUGCUAGUUUGGAGCAAUUCAACAAUCCUCUAGAGUCAUUGGACUUGUCCUUUUUGGAUCUUACUUCUGUUGUGCCAUCCUUUACUUCAUUAGAAGAGCCUUCUAGCCCAGAGGAAGUUGAGCCUGCAAAGACCAAGCUGAUGGAGAUUCUAACAAUAAAACUUCCUGACCUGAGUGUAGAACAAAGAGAUGUGGCAUUAGGAGCCAUCAAAAUCCUACUUAGAAGUCCAUCUCAUACAUUGGAGGUCCGAGAAAGGUUGGACAAGCUACAGAUAGAGAUUCCCCAGUUGAUCACUUCCUACUCUGCCUAUCAGCUUGAGCUAACCUCUCUGACUAAUCACUUGGACAACUUUGUUUCCAAGACUACUAGAGCUAGAGAGUUGACAGAGAAGAUCAAGGCAGCCAGAGAGAGAGACCAAGAGCUGAGGAAUAGAAUUCUUAAGCUACAGGCCCAGAUUAACAUGCUUUAUGAGGAGAUUGAUAUUUUAAAGCAGGAGGCUUAUUCUAAUAAGAAUUUGGCAGAUACUAUUGCUCAGGAGUGGCAUGCAAAUUCUAAGGACCUUCAGACUUUAGCAGCAUCAAUAGAAACUGAGUGCCCUAUGGCUCAAAAAUGGUCUCAUCAGCGCCAACAAGUAAGUCAACUAGUCCAAGCUCUUUCCAACCAAUGGGAUGCAUUGUGCUCCUUUCAAUUGUAGUACAUUUCUUUCGGAAAAUUCUUAGAUACUUCAUUAAAAGGAAAUAUUAACGUUAGUAUACUAAAAAUGCUCUUCCUAAAAAUGGUGGAUGAAUGCUUUUAAA